UGCCGGUAGUUGGAUAGUUAGAAACGUAAGAGUGUGAAAAAUGUAAUUAAAAUUCAUUGACAAUUUCUACAGUUGUCCGUUUUCGAUUUCGCCGUCAUUAAAAGUUCAAUUGUUUCGUGUGUGUUUCUGGUGCACGUAUUUCAUUCGACGAGGGUUAAAUAACAUGGUGGAUUAUUAUCGAUUGUCAGAACAAGUCCAGGAGUAACAGUAACACGGGACUUCCUGAUCACUGUUGCUCGGCCGUGCUCGCUGAAAAUUGGAGGUUAACCGAACUGUUCCUGAUAAGUGGGUCAUUCGACGAGUCUGUGAGUGAGUGCGCGAGUGACUGAGUGAAAAAGAGGAAGUGACGUAGUAUAAAAUAAAGGAAAAGAAGAGAAAAAGAGUGCGAGGAGAAGCGUGAGAGAGAAGAGGAGAAGUUUUAAAGUCAAAAAGGAAGAAAGACGAUGGCGCCGACGAUCUUGAAAUUUUCUACGGACUGUUGCUGCUGCUGCGAUUGAUUGUCUGGCCAGAAAUCAAAAUGGCGACGCUCGGCUAGACCAGAUCUCACCGGUAUAUCGCCCGACGGAGAAGACCGACACCCCGGGGCAGGGUGUCCUUGACAUUAACUAGCCCAUGGCUAGUGGCCUUGCAUGUGCGCGUGUGUGUGCCUGUGCUUUAAGUUUAUCGACCUUACAAAUGGAGGGACCAACAAGAACAAUCAUAUUGAUCCUGGCACUGGGACUUGCUGGAAUCUCGGGAGCCUCAGCCAUACAGACUGAUAGGACUUCUUUGAGAUCAGCUCGAGAUUAUACCGUACUAGGUGCUCCUAGUGUUUAUUCGGCUCAUGAAAGGACUCCUGUUGUUUUUCGCGCUGAUGAGACUUCGGAUUUUCAACGGACCUUGCCCACGUUGCAUCUGGAAAGUUCGAAGAGCUUGGACGAUGUUGAGAGGGACGAGACGCAUUACGUCACUAGGAGUAAGGGUCCUGAGGAAGGGAUAGACGUUUUGACGUCGUCGAAGCACGUUGAUCAAAUUGAUGGGAAUAAUAUUGAAGUCAAGCCUGGAGAAUAUUUUCGUGAUAUAGCACCGACGAAGAGCGAAGACCUGUCGGGGGAAGGACCGGGGGCUCCGCAAGGACGAGGAAUCUUGUCGGGGCCCCAGAAUCCGCUUGGAUCUCAGAACCAACAGCAUCAUCUUCGAGGAUCCUUUCAGCAAAGGCAAAGUCGUCAAGAGACGCCGCGGAUUUAUAGCGACCACGCACCACCACCUGUCCUCCAGACAGCUUCAGCGGGACAUAGACAGUCUAAUCCUGAUAUUCAGGAUAUUAUUACUGGUAUAGUGAAGCUUUUGAAUGGAAAUGUUAACGUUGCUGUUAAUACAGGUCGACCCCUUAGACCUAUUCAGGCUACUAGAAUAAAUAACAGGGGACCACCAAGAAUUUCGGAUUCACCACCACCCUUGCCACCUGAUUAUCAUACUCCUGGAAUGAAUCCACCGCCACCGCCGUCGUUACCGGAACAGCCGUAUCCCUUUGAAAAACCUCCAGCUCCCGAAAGACCAUCCGUCAAUCAACUACCACCGGAACGACCUAUGAGGCCAUUCUUGAAUGGUGUUCCAGUUCCGGAACAGAUCGUUCCGCAAGGCAACCGACCGUGGAAUAGACCAUCCAGACCAGGAAACAACAGACGGCCAAUUCCUCCUUAUAAACCAUUACCUCCGAUAGAUGCGACUUUCUUUAAUGACAAGGAGCACAGUGAAUUGGACAAACCACAUUUCGAACUGAAACCGGAAGUUACCGACGUAGGAAGUAAGCUGGAGGCUGAUGAAAGUACUAGUAGCAAACCGGAGAUGGUAACUCGAUCAGGAACAACAGAAACGACGACAGAAGCUGGCAAAUUAGUUGCUACUAGUGAUAAACAGUCAAAUCUUGAAAGUACAACAAAGAAAUACCAUAAAUAUCAACCUCCAUUGAAGGAAGACAAGAUCGUCUCAGAAAAUACUCUUAUCUUAGGCGCGCAUCAACAAUCUUAUCCAAUUCCAAAUUAUGAGGGAAAUUUAUCGGAUAUGAAUUCCACUGCUGAAAUGCAUUCGCCUGAAACAGUCAUUCCUUUAGAGGGACAUCCGGAAGUCGAUAAAGCUAAGAGUAAUAAAACCGAAGUCACGAAGGAUCAAAAUCCAUCAAAGCAUCGUGAAGAGGCUAAUGACGAGGAACAUGUUCCUGCAGUCACAUCUAAGUCUAUACGAAAUACUGUGUCUCAAACUACUUUAAAUAUCGAAACCAGUUCAUACGUUCAAGUUAUAGAGCCGACGCCAUCGAUAAUGGAAAUUCAACCAACUGUUAUUCCCUUGGAGGCCAACGAAGAGAAAUCACCAUCGUCUAUGGAAACGGAAAUGAAAUUGGAACCUAGUAAAAAUGAGAACUUACCAAAUCUUGACACUGCACUGACCUCUGCUACACCUGUUGAUGGUUUACCUAGUUUUACUAAACCUCCAUUGAUUGCGGAUAAAACACAUACGCAUCCAAGUAGCAGCACAUUCUCUAAGAGUCCAGCACCUACAGAUUAUUAUCCUUAUCGACCCAGACCUGGAAUCGUUUUGGACGAUACCCUGGAUUAUACAGGAUCUCCAGGAUUACCCACUCAAAGACCCUAUCCUCCAUCUCGAUAUCCACAGAAUGGUGAUAUUUUCGAUGUCACUGUGUCUGCUAUUCAGGGACCAGGAGGAAGUUCAGGAGAGAGUGUAAGGGUUCCUGUAACUCCUGGCGGAAGUGACGUCAUUCUGACAUCCGCAGUAGAGGGUCAAGGUUUUGUCAGUAUUGAUGGAAAGAGGACUUAUGUUAGUCUCUUCGAUAAUACAGACCCAAGUUCCGGUCCAACCCCCGUCCAACCUCAGCCUACAAGAACCCAGCCUCCACAGGUCAUUGGCACAGGGUAUGCUGUAGCCCAACCUGAUCCUCCACCAGUAUCUCCGAAGCCCAGUGCGCCUAUUAGAAGACCUACUUUCCAUAGGAGACCCACACAACCACCAGUGAGAAUAGAUACUUGUAUUGUUGGAGACUCCAGUACUUGCGACGGAAGUCAACACGAAGCAUGUGCAACUGUUCAAGGCGUAUCCGCAUGUCACUGUAAACCUGGUUAUGCGAGACUUCAGCAUUCACUACCUUGUAAAAAGAUUAUCAGUAUCGUAGUUUCUAUGAGGGUUGACAAGAUCUACGAUAAAAAGAUUGUUUGGGACCUAGAGCUUAGUGACAAGGAUUCUGACCCUUAUCAGACACUUUCAUACGAAGCUAACAAGGCAAUUGAAUCGGCAAUGUCGAUGACACCGUUCUCCGACGAAUACAUGGGAUCUUUGGUGAAUAAUAUUUAUCAGGGUGACGUCAGUCAGGGUCAGGGUGGUGUAUUUGUUAAUGCAACGUUGAAACUCACUUAUGAACCACGAACUGCUAGACCAGCUCUAGCUGGUGAACUUCAACGUCAUCUUCUUGGUGUAAUACAUAGAAGAAAUAAUAAUAUCGGUAACAGUGCGCUCUACGUCGACAGUCCACCCGGAUCAAUAUCAAAUCUUCAAGACUUAGAUGAAUGCGUUUCGUCUGAACUGAAUGAUUGUCACUCUUCAGCAAUCUGCACGAAUACGUGGGGAGGAUUUACUUGUUCCUGUAAUCCAGGACUGAAGGACCCUCAUAAAGAUGAUCCUAAUGAAGCUGGUAGAUUCUGCUUAUCUUGUCCUUCUACUCAUUGUAAUAAUAGGGGCACCUGUUCGUAUCAGGGUGAUCAGAUGCAAUGCACAUGCACUGGAAAUUAUUAUGGAGCUCAAUGCGAAGUAGACGGUGAAGUUUUAGGGGUUGCUAUAGGUGCAUCAGUCGCAGCUUUGAUCAUAAUUGUCUUGACUCUGGUGUGCCUUGUAAUGUGGAGUCGAAGAUGGUCACGUGAACAAAAGGCAGUAGGAUCUCCCGUGUAUGGGUACAUGCAGGGUGGAAUCCCAGGAACGUUACCAGGAACUUUAGCAAGGGUGGGUUCAGUUGGUACUCUAGCAUCAGUUAAACAAGGACCCCCAACAAGUUUGCCACCCUAUAUGUGGGCUCAUAUAGCAGACCAUAUGGCGACGGCUAAUCUCUAUGCAACAGAACCAAUGGGUCCAACGCGACCAAGUUCGGCCAUGUUUGGUUAUCCAACAAUGAGCGUGCAUGGAACAUUGCCACCAGUUCCAUUACCAAGAUUACAAGCGCCACCAAGACCUAGACAAAGACAUCAACCAGAACCAGACAGUUCGGAUUCCGAACCGCAGGACAAAGACCGAGCAGAUUUGAUUCCUCAAAGCGGUGGCUUCCACGUUCCAAGGCCCAAAUCUCGCUCCUCUCUCGCAAACCAGAGUGGUAUUUAUUACGACGUUGAGUACGACCAGAGUGACUCGCAGCAUCUUUCCAAGAACAAUAUACCUAUGUCUACCUAUAGUAUGGCCAGACCUUAUUACAGAACGUGAAUUGAAAGUAGGAUUGUUAAAAGAACAAAAACUUCAAAAAAUCUGACACAUCCAGUCGUAAUCAAUUUUGGGACUGGCAAUCGGCUUGAUUUCGACGGAUUCAAGUAUUGUUGAAAUAGAUAUUGGAUGAAGAGUUGAAAAACGCCGAAAAAAUAUUAACGUGAGAGACGGUACGUCCUGCCAGAGACGUCUCUUGACAUGGCUAUGUCUUCUUCGUGAAAUUAACGUUUAUAUGUUAAGAAAGAAAAAAACUGCUCUCGGCAUUUAGCAGACCGUGGUUUUGCGUGCCUUGGUUUUCUAGCUCAACAAGACAGCUGUAGUAAAAGACUAAAAAUGAAUUAUUUAUAACACUUAUAUAGAUAUAUUACGUUAUGGCGAUGUGCUUAAACACAGGCUAUUUAGAUCGUAACCAAUUAAAGAUACCUAAUAAUGAUAGCUCAAAAAAAAGAACGUGGAAUUAUUUAUCAAGACGCAUUUGGGAUAUCUUAAGGAACGACUAUCUUUAAUUUUUUUUUAUCAUUCCACGGUGAUGGUUCAAUUUGGGUAUGUUCCUUAAGAUUUCCUAUUAAGAGCGACUGGACACGAGAAUAAUCGUAAGUUCUUCAUUUUUAUUGAGAAAGUACUCACGUCAAUGUGACUUUUCAAUUUUGUAAUUAAUUAUCGUACACAAAGAUAGUAGGAAUAAUUAUUCUUUUUAAAUUUAAUGCAAUACACUGUCGACGAAUCAAA